UCGAAAUCAGUUGAUUGUGAACUUUGUAUUUCUGAAUGAAAUGUUUCUUCUUUUCUAAAAUUUACUAUAAUGGAGCAGUUGAUUCCUGUUAUUAAUAAACUUCAGGAUGUAUUUAAUACCGUAGGCACUGAAGCUGUACAAUUGCCGCAAAUAGUCGUCGUUGGAACACAGAGCAGCGGGAAAAGCUCGGUAUUAGAAAGCAUUGUUGGAAGAGACUUCUUACCUAGAGGUCCAGGUAUUGUAACAAGAAGGCCAUUGAUAUUGCAACUUGUAUAUUCACCUUCACUCUGGAAGAAAAACAAGAAAAGUGAGAGUGAUGGCAGUGGUGAUGAGUCACAUGAGUUUGAAGAAACUGAACCAGAGGAAUGGGGCAAGUUUUCUCACAUAAAAGACAAGAAAUUUGCAGACUUUUAUGAAAUCAGAGAUGAAAUAGAAAGAGAAACAGAAAGAUUGACUGGUCAUAAUAAGGGAAUAUCAAGUGAACCAAUCAUACUCAGAAUUUACUCACCAAAAGUAGUUAAUUUAACACUAGUUGAUCUUCCUGGAAUAACAAAGGUUCCAGUGGGGGAUCAACCUUUAGAUAUUGAAAAUCAAAUGAGAAAUCUUGUUCUGCAGUACAUUCGUAAUCCUAACAGCAUCAUCCUGGCAGUCACACCUGCCAACACUGAUAUGGCAACUUCAGAAUCUAUUAAGAUUGCAAAGGAAGUUGACCCUGAUGGUAACCGUACUAUAGCCGUAUGUACUAAACUUGACCUCAUGGAUCCAGGAACUGACGCAUUAGAUAUUUUAUAUGGAAGAGUUGUUCCAGUUAAACUAGGAAUAAUAGGUGUUGUUAAUAGGAGUCAAUUGGAUAUUAAUAAUAGGAAGACAAUUGCAGAAGCUUUAGAAGAUGAACACCACUUCUUUCAACAACAUUAUCCAGCCCUUUCAGCGAAAAAUGGAACUAAAUUUUUAGCUAGAUCAUUGAAUAAGCUGCUAAUGCAUCACAUUAGGAACUGUCUUCCUGAGCUAAAAUCGCGAGUCAACAUGAUGAUCUCACAAUAUCAACAAUUAUUGGCUUCUUAUGGAGAACCUGUUGUUGACAAGGGUCCAACGUUGCUUCAGUUGGUCACGAAAUUCGCGUCAACCUACUGCUCCAUUAUCGAGGGUAGCGCGAAGGAAAUUGAAGUUUCUGAAUUGUGUGGUGGCGCCAGGAUAUGUUACAUAUUUCAUGAUAUAUUUGGCAAAACUUUGCAAAAUAUGGAUGCUCUUGGUGGUCUCUCUACCCGAGAUAUACUUACUGCAAUAAGAAAUGCUACGGGCCCACGUCCAGCGUUGUUUAUUCCUGAGAUAUCUUUUGAACUUCUUGUUAAACGACAAAUACGUCGCCUCGAGGAUCCAGGAUUGCGGUGCGUGGAACUCGUUCACGAGGAAAUGCAACGAAUCAUUCAACAUUCCUUCGCUCACGUGCUGGAAAUUCAAAGAUUUCCAGCUUUACACAACCGAAUAGUUGAAGUGGUUUCUGAUGUGCUUUACAAGAGGCUUAAACCAACAAAUGACAUGGUGGAAAAUUUGGUACAGAUUGAGUUGGCAUAUAUCAAUACUAACCAUCCAGAUUUCACAGACGGUGCCGCUGUUGUUUCUGAUAUUGUCAAACAUGAAUUAGAGCAAGCAUCGUCACGACACAGACACAAAUUAGCAUCAAAUGAGGAACAGAGAGCAGCAACGAGAACCGAAGGUGAAGUUUCGACAACGUCUUCUUCCAUGAACCAAAACUCGUCAGAACAACUGUCUUCAGGAUUUAUGUCCUGGGUCCCUGGAUUGAAACGGGAGACGAAAAGUAGCGUUCAAGCAACGAGUCAGGUCGAUGGAUCUUCCGUGUCUGCUACAACUGAGAAUAUGAUUAAUAGGGAAUAUAAAUUGCAAAGAGAAUUGUCCUCUCGCGAGCAAAUGGAUUCAGCGUUAGUCCAGAAACUUAUUAAAUCCUACUUCAACAUUGUUCGCAAGAACAUCCAAGACAACAUUCCAAAAGCAGUCAUGUGUUUCCUGGUUAAUUAUGUGAAAGAAAGAAUACAAAGUGAACUCGUUGGAAAACUUUAUAAGACUGAGGAAUUUAAUCAGUUGCUGGAAGAAUCAGACGACAUCCAUAGACGAAGACAGGAAGCGUCAGAAAUGCUCAAGGCUCUGCAGAAAGCUGGGCAAAUAAUUGGUGAAGUUCGUGACUCGCAACUGUGGUAACUGUGGUAACUGUGGUAACAAUUGGAUCGGCGAGUGAUCAACAUCAUGCAGUUUAAUAUACAAUGUGGGAUAAAUAGGGAUGAACGCCGAAGAUUCUGUUACUAUCACUGCAUGGAUUAAAAUCUGAGAUAUUUAACUUUAUGUCAAACUCUAAGAUAUAAAUAUCAUUUUAAAAAUUACGAAAGCGUAUACCAUUAACAUCAUCAAGCGUUUAAAGCGAGUGCGUUUUAAAUCUCAUGUGUGUUGACUGGAACAUAUAUUAAUAUAGCAUUGGUUACUUUCAAAUUAGUGCUGGUCACUUAUGGUCAGCCUUCACUAUUCCUCUCAGUUUGUUAUCACUUAACAGAGAGGCUAAGCCGGAAUAGCCAAUAAAUCAUCGUGAUUCUUCGCCAUCCAUCGAUGCAUCCUCGAUAUAGACACUU